CUAUUCGAACCUGCAAUUCGAUGGGGUUACUCUUUGGACAACUCAUCUCUCGUUUGAAGCUCGCCACCAGUCCAUCGGAGAGGGAGGGUGAGCUCUUUUGCCUGUUUUCUUUGGCUACUACUUCGUUAUACACAUUGUGAACUGUUCCCAGGCAGACUCCUAAAUUUGGCCUUCACGCCCUUUAUGGAGCUAUGUAUUUUGCGUGCAAUUUUUCUUGUUUUAUCCUCAAGAGAUCCUGUUUGCAUCUGUUGCGUCACGACAUGUUUUCACAUGCCAACAGCUGGGUAUUAUACUGAUGCACUUGAAGUAUUCUUCUGAGCGAGAGGCUCUAGCAGCAUUGCUUGCCCCACAGAUUGUUGAUGCAGAGAAUGCAGUGUGUCAUCUCCUGCCAUUUAUUGCUGGAGAGAACCACUGUGUCAGACAGAGGAUACUAGAUACUGUCACUUCAUGUAGCUAGCUAGCGUAAUUUUGUCUUAUUUGGUAUUUUUACGUCGUCUAGCUA